AUGUCGAGGUAUCCUCCAGAAGGAUACGCUCCUGAGCAGCAACAGCAAUACCAUCCACCAUCCUAUCAAUAUGCAGAAGGUGAUUCUCAGCCCUUGAUGACUCCUCAAGGUGGUGGCGGCGGCGGCGUAUCUUUCGCUGAGCCUGAUCGAAAUUCACGUCAUUUUGGUAGAGCUCCAGCGCGCCAACCACGUCGUUACAAAACUACAAAACGCGUGGAAUUAUUUAAAGGUAACUUAGUAUUAGAUUGUCCUGUACCUAGUGAAUUACUGCGAAAAGUUCAAAGAAGGCAAGAUAGAGAGUUCACACAUAUGAGAUACACUGCUUGCACGUGUAAACCUGAUGAUUUUGAAAAAGAAAAAUAUUCACUUCGUCAACUGCUUUAUGAUCCUCCAAGGCAAACUGAGCUAUUUAUAGUGUUGACUAUGUAUAAU